AUGUUCAUGCUCGGCUCCUUCGCCUGGGCUUGUCUGCUCUUCCCAAUCGUUUUGCUGGUAGCAACCUCUGCGCCAUGUCCGUAUGCUCAGUGGUCGCAGGCCUACGCGUACAGCCUUCUCUUCGACAAGCUGAGGAGGAGAGCGGUGGACUUCUUCGUCGCCUUGUGGGCCAAGGGAGCAAUGACUUGCUUGCUCUACUGGCCCAAGCUCGAAGGAAGGGAGAACCUGUUGCCUGCUAAUGAGGUACAUCCAGCGAUUGACCCUAAGGACAAGGACGAGAAAGAAAUUUUGCGGUACGUGUUCGACUCUGUCAAUCAAGGACUUCCCGAGCAUCAGAAGACGGAGAAACUUGUUGAACAAGAAUGA